ACGGACACCAUCAGAGCCACGGGGGGCUGCUUCUGUUGGAGGAGAAACUUCAGGACGCCGCGCGAGGAGAAGAUCCGCUGACGAGAUGAGCGACGCCGACAGCAGCACCUCGGCCUCCCUGACGGAGGGGGAGGGGGGGCAGGGGGGGAGACCCGCCCCCAGCAUGUCCAGCUUCUCCUCGUCCCUGCGCGCCGUCGUGCGCAUCAAGCAGAAGUACCUGGCCAUGAAGAAGAGGCGCCAGGAGGCGGCCCUGCUGGGCCUCGGCCCGGAGGGGGCCCCCCUGGGGGCGCCGGGGAGAACCAGCCCCAGGAUCUUCACCUUUGACGGACUGCCGACGUUCCCCUCCAACGUAACUCAGAAGAAGAAGAAGAAGAGGAGGAAAAAGGUGCUGUAUCCCCCCGGCGGGGGGCGGCGAGCCCCCCCGAAGCAGGAGCAGAGCCGAGCCAAGUACUGCCUCUACCUGCUCUGCGCCAUCGUCUUCCUCCAGGUGUACAACGCCAUCGAGAACCUGGACGACCACGUGCUGCGGUACGACCUGGAGGGGCUGGAGAAGACGCUGAGGAGGGAGGUGUUCGGCCAGCAGGGGGCGGUGGACGGGCUGCUGUCCCACCUGAAGGACUACCUGUCCACCUACGUCCACAACAAGCCCCUGGUGGUGUCCCUGCACGGGCCCAGCGGCGUGGGCAAGAGCCACCUGGGCCGCCUCCUGGCGGGUCACUUCCGCUCCGUGGUGGGGGAGACGCUGGUGCUGCAGUACUACGUCCUGCACCACUGCCCCCGGGAGGCCAACGCCCCGCGCUGCGCCCGCGACCUGUCGGCGCUGGUCUCCGAGACGGUGGGGCGCGCCGAGGAGGAGGAGAAGAUCCCGCUCUUCGUCUUCGACGAGGCCGAGCACAUGCACGGCGAGAUCCUGGACGCGCUGCUGCAGCUGGUGGCCGCCGGGCGCUCCAACGAGCACCUGAACGCCGUCUACCUGCUGCUCAGCAACCUGGGCGACCGCCACGUCACCAGGCACGUGCUGCACAACUCGUCCGGCGCCGCCGCCGCCGGUCGUCAGGGCAACCUGGCGAGGGAGCUGACUCCGACGCUGCGCGACUCCCUGGGGCAGCUGCACCCGCUGUGGGCGGAGGCGGAGCUCCUGCCCCUGGGCCUCCUGGAGAAGGGUCACGUGAUGGAGUGCUUCCUGGAGGAAAUGACCCGGGAGGGGUUCUACCCGGACCAUACCAACAUAGAGCGCCUCGCGGGGGAGAUCGAAUACUACCCCGAGGUCGGGGGGCGCCAGUACUCCAAGACGGGCUGCAAGCAGGUGGUGGCGAAGGUCAACCUGCUGUGAGGGCCGCUGUUCGGCGUUCUUUGAGGCAUGAAGAAACGGCUCCGUCUGGUUCGUGAGACUCCAACGACGCCACGACGAGCCCGGGCCUCGCGGGGCAGGGGGGUGGAGGGGGGAGGGUGGAGGACGUUGUGGGACGUGGAUCCUGCGGUUCGGGCGGCGCCCACAAACCGUCCUUGAAGGAACAGGUCGACCAAACUGUGAAAAGAAAAAGAGCCGAUUCCUGCGGCUGGUUUUGGUGUAAAUAAACGUUUUCAUUUGAAGACCACGGAGGUACAUGAGGUCGGGCUGAAAGGACGCCUACUGAUGACUUAGUGAUCACGUGACUUUGAAUCGAGGUUGACAUUUGUGAUUGAGAUGAAACAUCAAUGUCCUCAGAGGUUGAGCCCUUCUGAUUUGAUCCAAGUUAACGAUCGACUAUCGAAUGCAUGGCCCUUAAAGUUUGUUCUGGCAUUCAUGGUCGCCAGAGGACGACUUUAAUGACCCUAGUGAUCAUUUCAUUUGAAUCCAGUGGCUUUGAGCGACAUCUUUUUCAAAGCUGUGGGAAUUUCUACAGAAUCUGUUACAAAUAUUCAAGGAUAAAUGUACAUGAUGAGCAUUGAUAUUUUCAGCAUGCUGAGGUUUGCACACUUUGGACUGCGGCCUCGUGUCUAAUGAUAUUUAAUUAAUACAUUCUUACUUUUUUUACAUACUUUUACUUGACAUUCAAAUCCUAUAUUCAUUCAUGUAAAAACUUUUAUAUCUAUUUUUAAUGCAUUACUUUUAUAUGGGAUACUUGAGAUAUUUCUAAUGAAUCUACGAUGUGGAUUCACUGGUACUAUAAACUUUAUUUAUUGAAUAGUUCUGCAUGGAUAUAACACACGUUAUAUUUUACUGAGCUGAUGAGAUCUACUGAGUCAUGACUAUGCUAACGUCUUGUGUUCAGAUAUCUUACUAAAUAUUUCUCAUGAACUUAAAUUUGUCGUGAGCGUAAUUAAAGACACAUUUUUAAA